AUGGAUGGCUCGUUCAGGGGGCUGCAUCGCAUCCAAAAGGAGGAAGGUGCUGCAUCAGGUAACCCACCGCGGGGAACCGCAACUCCCGAAUCGUCUGCGACGAGAUACGGAGCGUUGUCAGGCGGAUACAUGGAUUGGACAGAUAGGAUCCCACGCAUCUCCCGCAACACGAACACUUCCAACCACGUAGAAAAGCGGGAUGUUGUCGUUCACGAUUCUACGAGUGAUUUUAUGGGUAAUGUGGAGUCAGAUUUGUCCCCAGCUACGGAAGCGGUGUCGUUGGGGUAUCCGAAUAGCGAGACCCAUGGUGUGGCGCUUCCGUCGACAUCACCUGUCGCCAUGAAGGAUUACGGUGAGGGUCAGCAUGGUGGAAGCACAGUCCCAUCUUCAGACACGGUUAAGGUGGUUGCUGCUGCUUCCGAUCAAGGGGUGGAUAUGGCAAGUAGUGACAUACAACACGAUGUUACAUCGGAUGACUUUGGCUCGCCAACGGCACGUUAUGCAUCAGUCAUGGGAAGAGGCGACCUAUGCGCCCCCUCAAGCAAUAAGCUGUCGGGAAAUGAGUUACAACACGGCACUCCGCGCAGACUGUCGUUGAAAAGGCCUGCGCCAUUCAAGCCCAACGAUCGAUUCUUAUUUUCGCUGCUCUGCAAUUGGACCGUACCAAAUUCCAAAAUGCGAUCAACGACAUAUAUGGAUGUACAGGGGGAAGUAUUUCUCUUUCACGGCAUUUAUAGCGUAAAGAAUUUCGAAACUACAGAGGGUCGUGUGGCCUACACCAGGCUCUGUGAUUUUCAGGUCAAGACAGUCACGGACGUUCCCCCAUUACCGAAUGACAACUCUCGUGCUCCGGGACCUUAUGAGUUCAUUGCUUCGGUAGACAAGUCGCAUAUACGUCACGAAGCGACGACGCCUAUCGUUCACAUGAUUCGGGACGUUGGUCUGUACAAGGAGGAUGGCGAAUAUCAUUUGUGCAUUGUUAUCAGCACUUUCGACUGCAGUCAGUACAAGUUUUCUGCAAAGCAUGCCCGUCCUCCGCCGUUGGUCGACUCGUUCAAGUACCACAGGGUUUCUUCAUACAGCUGUCGUGACUCCCUUUGCCUCCCACUCGAUGAUAUUCGUAUUCCACGUAUUUCGGGCGAACGUCGACAUGCUGACACGUCAACACAAUCAGAUAGGACAGUGGAUGUUAAAUCGUGGUCUCAUGCGUACUCUGGCAAGUACAACGUUUACGCAUCCCAAGCGCGGAGUGGGCACUCCUUUGGUUCGACGGCAUCGUUGGUCAAUUGCACUUUGGGGUUGGUUUUACCGGUAGUCGAUGGCAUCAUUCGUCCAACUCUGCGUAAUUUGGGAUCUGGAGAGGGCGUAUACGAGUAUGACCACACUUUGGUGAAGCACGGAUCCCAGCUGUCCUUCGCGUUUCGUAACUUAAUAGUGCGUACGCUGCUUAAGAUGCAGCCAAUGAACACGGCAGAUUCCUCGAUAGAUGUGGCAGGCAAUAACAUUACCGUUGAACUAUGUUGUACAUCAGAUUCUCGAAAGGGCGAUGUGCAUCUACUAUGUAUGACAUGCGCCUUCGUGAAGGAGUUGCUCACGGGCGGCAGCUUGAUCCCCAUGAAAGAGUUUAACAAGAAAGGCUCUCUUGCAAUCCGUAGAUCUAAGAAAGAUACCACGUACAUGCGUUUGAAUGCGCUGACCCCGUUUUUGCAGAACACAGCUAGUGAAAAGACCUCCCCGCCACCUGCCGCCCAAGCAGAGCAUGACCCCGAGGAAGACAAUGUAUCACGUCGCCGUAGGGGGAGGCCGCGCGGUAGCAGACGGAUUGCACGUAACGAAUCUGACAGCCCGCUCCAAAACACAGAUGUUGACAAUACAAGUGAAGACUCUAAUUAUGCAUCAGAUGUGGAUAAUCCGCGCAAAUAUUCUCGUAUGACUCCUAGACGUAGUAAUAGACUUAUGGAACUUUCAAACGAUUCGACAGAUCGUGAGCAAGCUGUACAGACCACGCCUACAAUUCGCCGAGGACGGGGCAGACCUAGGAAAUCUGAACAGAACACAGUAUCGAGCCACCGUAAGAGAAGGUCUUUGACAUCUUCUAAAACCAUUGAUAGUGCGAAAAGUGGGUCAUCUCUUACCACGCCAUCAAGGAAGAGCUCUAUCGACUUAUUUAGCGAUUCAGCUGAUGAUUCGCCGGUUAGCGACACCUCUUCACACGAAGCAGGGGAUGCGGCUACGAAAAAUGAAGCUAAAAUGACACAUGAUACGACAUUCUUCGAGGAAGACGCAAAUCACUUUAAACUGUCAGAUGAGCAUCCCAAGGGUAAUACGGAUGAUGCUGGCUGUCAGCCGUCUGUAAGUGUAGCUGGAUAUUUACCUCGGAGGAAUUUUAGAUCUAAGCAUGCAAACAGGCGUAUCGUAGAUGAUGGCAAGACUGAAGACCAAACUGAAGAUUCAUCGGAUCCUCCAGGUUUGAAUUUGUAUGGUACGUCGCUUAGGCCAGGAAUGGAACGAACAGGAAGUGUAUCAAACAGCCCCGAUGAAACAUCGUCCUCACCGCGUGGCAGACGACAUGGUGACUUCAACGCAUCCGCGUCCGCAAGUACCAUGGACAGCGAUAAGCGCGCUAAAAAAGGCGUGGUGGCGCAGUCCCGUUUGAGGAAACCAGUGUCAAGACAGGGGCGCCGGUCGGAUCCAAUUCCACGUGACAGCAGUGCUUCGCCUGGAAAUGCGUAUAAAGGAGAACGUGAGCUGCCUAAAUCCGCAUUUGGUGCUCCCUUGGAUAUUUUUGAUGAGUACGACGGUUUUGACUAUAUUGGUUACUGCGUUAGGUACCGCAAGAUUAUUGGCACGAGGGUCCCGGCCAAAGCUCGUGAAAGUAAGAAACAACAAGCCAUUGAUAACCCUUGGAGGGUUGCAGUGAUUAAGUUUUGGGAUCCCAAGUGGCAUGUUUUCUUCGUCCACCAUCUGAAGGAGGAAUUUUGUCGUGAUUUUAAGGGUAAUAUUUCAAAUUUGUUUAAAUCUAAAUCCCUCGAUGAAAUUUUGGAUUCAACUACGGUAUGGAUCGAAACAUGCACAUUUGAUGUGUAUCUAAUGAACUGCCACAAGGUUUUUCAUCCCUCCGGGUGGCUUCCUAGAGGCGACCCUGUCAUCAAGAAAGACCCGGAAUCAUCUGCCGAACACGCCGGUAAGGUCGAUACUAUUUUUGAUAAAGCCGAGAGGCGGGAUGAUGUAAAUUCCGAAGUUGCCUAUCAGGCCGCAGAAUCUGCGACUACAUUAACCAAUGGUGCCAAUGCCUACGAACUCACAUUGGAAGGAAAGUCUGAACCGUCUGCGGUGAUCUCGUCUUUGAUUGGACAAAUCGAUUCCAAUUGUGGUAUCAGCGUUGAACUAAACAUUGAUAUAUCUUCAAAUCAGCCUCCACGUCAGUCGCCAUGCGAUGAGGCUUCGAUGCUGGAAACUGAUGGUGUAUUUGAUGAUCUCAUUCUGCUCCCAUGCGCGUCGUCAGACAUGGAUGCAAAAACAAUCGACACAAGUUGCGGCAACAUACCGGGAAGUAGUUCUGACCAGGCUGUACCCUGCGAAGCGAUUGCAAACGAUGCUCCGGCACAAACAUGCGAUCCAGAUGCGGCAACGGCACCACAAAAGAGCCACAUUACUUGUAACAUCUGCAAUGAGAAGAUAUCAUGCUUCUACGAUGAGCUGGCGGCUGAAGAAGCGCGCAAAUCAUUCACAAAGGCCGACGACACUUUGUCUCUUGGUGAUUUGUUGCAUUCCUUGUUAAGCAUUAUGGAACACCCAAAUUCUGCGUUUAAUAGCCCCAUACAUACACAGUCUGCCGCCGUGUAUGAUAUCGGCUAUUUGGAGGAGAGGCAGAUGUACUAUUUGAUUCGGGAGAACAUGGACAUAGCCAGCUUGGUGAUGGGUGAUACGUUCCCUGACGGUAUUCGUUCGUGCAACCGUUUGAUCACUGCACUUUGUGUGAAGUUGAUAAUUUGGCUACGGUAUGUAUGCGGAUACAAGCACAAAGUGACCUCGACGACGCAGUUUAAGGUGGUCUACUGGGGUCUUCGUUGUUCCGAUUGUGGCAAGGCAUGUCACGCAAGGUGUUUGCCAUACUUUCACCUUACUAAAGGUCCGCCGUGGUCAGAUCCCGAACACAUCAAGCAUCGCUACACUCACCACUCUUCCAUGUGUCGACUGUAUGGUUCAUUUGCUGUGAUGAAACCUGGAUUGACCCCGAUGAAUCACUACCGCGCUGACUACAGCACGUGUGGUGAUAGCUCUGAGGAGGAUGCCACUACGAGUUCCGCAUUUGCUCGACAUUUAUCACCUGACGUACCGCCAGAGUGGUAUAAAGAGCAUUAUCCACUGAACUAUGCUACCAUACGUUCUACGCGUUCCGGUCGGCAACGUCGUGUUGGUGCUAAAUCGGCAUCAAACCGCGGCACUUUGGCGUCAGUGGAAUCUACCGAUGUGAAGAUGGAAGAUUCAAAGAGUCCGGUGCAUUCCAUGCUGCAGGGAGAUUUGCCAUCAAAUGCAAUGUCGGAAGUGCAGAUGUCGACACCCCCUCCCAGAGGCAAUCUGCCGUAUGAAAGCUAUCCUGAAUCCAAUGGCAGUGUAGGUUUGCCACUGUCGUUAUCUGAUUUGAUUACUGAUGUCCGUGAGGAGACCGAUAAGCAAGUGGCUUCUAGUCCUGCAGCAGAAGAAACAAUGGUCGAUGGUUCACCCAUUUUACCAUCUCCCAUAACAGGAAUGAGCGCCGAUGCAACCGACGUUCCAAGCUGUUCGUCACUUCAACUGCCCGAUGUAUGCAUGGAAGACCCGCCGAUGCUGUUUGUACCCUACUUGCAGCAUGGCGAUCGGCAGUCGUGGAAGUGUGACGAGUGCACUCUGUGCAUGUACUGCUCUAAAAGGGUAUAUGUUUCAGAAGAUGAUGAAAAUCACAGCCUGAAUGGCUUCACGAUCAUGAACGCAAGUCGGCGCAACAAUUAUGACCUGUUGUAUCCGCCAUCUUUGAGCGAGAAGCUAGAGCGAUUGAAUAUGAAAACGAAGGGCCGUCCUCAGAUCGAUUUUGUGCGCUGCGUCUCGUGUAACGUGUCUGCCCACAAGGCGUGUUGCAACCCUGCCAUCCCGGAUCUAUCGUUUCUGGAAUCGUGGCGUUGUGAAGCGUGCCUUCAAUGUAUAUGUUGUGGAUAUCGCGACUCUGCCGAACCUGACUACAUGAACUGGGGCCUGUUCUUCUUGUUUUGUCUUCGCUGUUGGCAGGCGUUCGAAAAGAACAAUUACUGCGGCGUCUGUUACCGCAUUUGGACGCCGUUGGAUAACGUCUCCUACCACUGGAUGCAGUGCGACAUUUGUAAGCUAUGGGUACACCUUGAAUGCGACCGCUUCGCAUUAGAACUGUCUAUGUCUGGCUCAAACAAGCAUCGGAAAUACACGUGUCUGGUGUGUCGUAACCCUAACAAGUUGCAUCGCAUUUUUCGAGUGCUCGAGUUGGUUUUCAAUACCGAACGUUCGGGCAACUUCCGCUACCCUAUGCCUCGCACAUGCACUGUGUAUUGGCGUCUAGUGAAGUGUCCGAUGGAUCUCAUAACUAUAAGGAACAAGGUGGAAUGUGGCCUCUACAAAACUGUGGAGGACUUCGUGUUUGAUGUUAUGGUGAUAUCCCACAACACGAAGACGGUGAACAUGCCCAACACCAAAGUGUACAGGAACGCCAUCAACUUCGAAGUCCGUUGCAAGCAGCUCAUAUGUAGCAUUCUGGGCAUAGAUGAAGGCGAUAUUGCAUCCAUUUUGAAACAGGGUUUGCACCGAGUGAGUUUUGAGAUGUUGCGCAACAAGAUGACCAAGCACGUCGGUGAUUCCGACAUGGGAGACCAAAAUCAAAAGGGAAUCGGUGAAGCUUCACUUAAUUUCGAGGACCUAGACUAUUUCAUGAACGCAAAUAACACGGGCGAAUUCGACAUCGACGUAGUGAGCGCCAAACUAAAUGCGCAUCGUAAAUCGCACAUCUUACGCUUGCGUUAUUAUCAGCAGAUGCAAGCUAGGAGGCUUGAGAACAGUUUGAAGUCCCUGGAUGACCGCCAUCUGAUGACUCACUUGGGUUGUCCAGAUUUCUUGUUCGACGCUAACCUUGUGGAGACGAUGUUCCCUGUUCCGGUUACCCCGUGCGGUUUGGAUUAUCCGAUGUUGGUUGCUAUUAGCCCAGUAAAUGCACCUCGGUUCCGUUUUUCGGUCUCUGAAAGUCGAAACGAAGAUUUGGAAAUACUAGUGAAAUCGAAGACGCUCUUUCUAUUCGACUGCACUCUGGUUCAGAGUCGGUAUGACAGCGAGGUUUUACACGUAUCCGAUCGGUGCUUCAUGGAUGCGUUGCGCUCCCUGUGCACCGACGCUGCGUUGUAUACAGACGGUAUCUGGCUCGAGUUUUGCGUCUCCUGUGGUUCCAGCGCGUUCCCGUCAUACAUGAUCUUUUGUCACAGUUGUGGGGAGGCCUUCCACUACUACUGCGCCGGCUUUAUAUUCCCACCGCCGUUUGCAGACUACGCGAACUUCUUCUGUGCGAAUUGCGCUUUCUGUGACAUGUGCACCUGUCGCAUGGUGGGCAACCAUCUGUAUGACCUGAGCAAUGUCAACGACUUCAAGUUUGCACAUGCUCUUGGGUGGAUCCCAGGGCUGCUGAAUAGCACCAGCUUUAAGCUUGCGAAGGCGGUACACAACAGCAUGGGAUGUGGUAGUAGCUCUGAAGCCUACAGAAGGAGGUCCGAACUGGGGCUAGGUUACGUAUUUGUUUCGCCCGCUGACAGGAAAAACCAACGGGAUUCUGAGCAGACAGAUGUUAACCAUGCACAUGCAACUGAUGUAGCUCGGCCGGCCGGUGAAACAUACUCUCGGAAGUUGGUUAACAACGCCGAAAACAUUCGAAAGGAUGUUCAAGGGAAUCGCCCAUCGAAAGGUGCGAACGCCGAAGUUACGCGUCCUUGUGCAUUUUUCGCGGACUACAAUUACCCCAUGUAUGGCAUCAGAUGCGUCUUUUGUGGUAUCGCUUUGCAUUAUAGGUGCCUGAUGGAGCAGGUGAAGAACUCGCCCCAUGCGCCCAUUGGCGCAAGUAACCCUAUAAAGUGGUUCGGCGGCAAGCUCAAUUCCCCUGUUGCGUAUAAACCUGCGGAAGUUGACAUCGAUGCGCGUGUCGCACCAUACAAACUCCCUACGAGUAGGAGUGUCACGGCCCCUGUCUCGGUUAGUAUGCCCAAUGAGGUACCGCCCGUGGCGCGUGUUCCACAACACCCCCCUACAAAUUCUUUGUCUAAGAGGGUUGAAGAUGGUAAUCAGGUGCUACCUUGCAACGUGGUGCAAGUCCUCGGUCCACAAUCUAACAUCUUUCCUCCUGUUCCUAUGGGCCAGAUGGAGUACGCAAUUACUCCUGCGGAAUUGGGUGGCCAACCGCAUACCAAUUUCGCAAGGCGCAUCUCCUGUGUUAAGCCAGAAAACUUGUCGAUGUCUGAGCCAGCUGGUUCAUAUGAUUGCCGCAUUCGUGAAACCCAGGGUCAUGCUUACGGAGAGAGGUUAGAGGAACGCGCCACUCGCAGUGUAGAUCGUGUCAGCGUCUUGAAAAUGCCAUCAAUACAACGUUCUCAUCCAUACAAAGGCAGUGAGUCGCGCAGAUCUUACGAUUAUUCACCCAAUAGCCGGAAUUAUGUAUCAUCGCCAGGGGAUGACUUUAUAGCGAUGGAUGGCCCCAUUCUGGUAGGUGGCAAUGUUGGAAAGUGGGAUGCUGACAGGGGUGUCAAAGCUGGGCUUCCGGUGAAUGUCGCCAAACCAACUGACAUAGUGGAGGGAACUGCUGCCGAGACCCCUAUAAAGGUUAAAGGAUGGGAAGGAGUUGUUGGUGCGCCGCUUCAUACAUCCCCUCGUCUCCCGUCAGGAUCUGAUCAUCGUCCCGAUGUUGCGAGUACGGAAGACACAUCACCAUCACGUGCCAGCAAAUUUAGAGAUAUUUGUAACCCCGGUGGGGACGAGGAUGAGCCGGCUGAAUUAAAAACUCCGACCGCUCCACAAUUACGUCCAGUGGAUGCUCGGCCGGCGGGACUCAAGGCCGCUACAUCGAUUCAGCAUAGUUACCCAUUUCCUAUGGUUGAUAAUGCGACUUCUACACCGCCUAAGGUCUUUCCAGGCCACGAAUUUGGUGUAGUAAGAGCUGAUAACUCAGCUGCGGCGGCACGAGAUUGUAGAUUGGUCGGCGGUGCCACCGUUGAGAAUACUUCAUCCCUAGCUGUUUCUAAUGUUCAACUCACGGGGGAAGGGGCGGUAUAUACUGGGGAACGUGUAAUACGGACCGUUUCAGGGGGAUUUGUAGCGCCCCAAACCCUGGCCGAUCCAACCAUGAAUCGAUUCUCACACGAUAUGGCGGAUAGUGCACAGCCGUUGCACAGCAAUCCUGCAACCAGUUGGAUACCUGGUGGCCCCAAUAGACCUGUUACGUAUAUCGAAUUUGCACCCGAAGACUUUGGCACACUACCGUCUGUGGCACCAAAAGGCAAAAGCUUGGAAAAAGAAGUGAUCUCGUGGAGCUUUGACGGAACUGGGAUGUUCACAUGCCGCGAUGAUAUUAAACGUGAUAGGGAAAGUUUGUCUCGUACUUUCCAUUACCCACAUCAAGGAUUGUUUGCGCUGUGUCGGUUGCCUUCGGAAGAUUUGUUGCUUAGGCAUCUGCUGCACUUCGAUAAGGAUGAGCCGCUUGGCCGCGAUAUGGAGGCCGAAUCGCAGAGGAUGGGAUACAUUGAUUUGAGCCACAUGCAACAGUGCCAUAUCUCCGGGGUCCAUUACUCUGUAGCGCUCAACAGCAAAUGUGUGUCUUGUGGAGUUCCUGUGCAAAUCUCGUCUGGCUUGCCUGACAAUGUUACGGACACGCAUGGACCCACUAUAAUCAUUGACAGGGCGAGUCCUAUUGAGCUUGGCGCCCACAUGGGUCGUUACGUCAUAUGCGUUAAGUGCAAGAUUUGGCGGGUCGCUCUCAAGUUUGAUGGCCCCAAGUUGGAUCCACGCGACUUCCUGAACAGCUUCGAAGCAGAAGACAGUGCAGGUACCUGGUUUAAUAAACCUGAGGGUGGUUUGCGUAAACAGGACGAGAUUAGGCUUCUUGGGUCCAAUGCAAUUAUUAAGGCGAUAGCGUUAGUCCGUAACUGGCACCUGUUCAGCCAGAACUUGGUGAAGUAUGUUGGCGUGAUAUUGAUGCACCACAUCCUGCUGCAUCCUAACCCGCCGAGGACCAUCAAAACAAGGUCUUCGUUGAUAGCAGCUCUUGUGAGGCGAUUCCUGCUUGAGGAGCCUUUAAGACACCCAAUGGCCAGAGGUAGGUUGUAUUCCGCAAUGGCGCACUCUCCGUUCUCUCCCAUUUCGUUUUUGUUUUGGGCUGACUCGCUUCGCAACAGCGAUCCUUACGACCCAGAGAUAGAUGAGCUCUUCAAUAAGGCACCGAGGGAAUUUAACAAUCUCGCUAUGAGAACUAAUCCUAUGGGCAUGUCGUUGGGGGCGGAGUUCAAUCUGGCGCCACAGCUAAACCCCGGUUUGGUGCCAAUGACAGCAUUUCCAAACAGCCUUCCACCCAAUGCGCCGCUGUUGUUGCCGCAACCGUAUCGGGAAGAGGGCGUCGCUGUACCGAAUCAAUCUAUAGAUGGUGCAUCGCCGUUGCAGAGUAUCGUCUUGCCUGCUUUGGUUUUGGGUAAUCCGAUUCCUCCUGGUCAGUAUAUGCCACCCUCCGGCGGCAACACUGUAUACAUGGAGCCGAAUUCAAUGGCGCAACAACCUGCGAUCAACACGAAUUUGGAAGGCAGUAAUCAGCCUCCUGCAGAUCCCCGCGGGGGGAUAACAUACAUAGCUCGGAAUGACUCCAGCCAAGGAUUAAACAACCCGACAGCAACACCCCCAUCUCGUGAGGGCCAAGCUUCUGUGGAACCAUUCUAUGGUACUACCCUCCCAACGUCUAUCCCUAUUAUGGGUUACCUUGGAGGCGCUCAAUUGCCUGCGCCCCAAGUCGGUGUGCCAAUCAAUCCCAUGGGAUUUGGUGGGAACGUUGGUGUGCCUCUGGCUACGAGUGUAUUACCGGGUGAGGCAGGAAGAACUGUGCCUGUGCUGGUGUUGACCCCACUCACGAAUGUUUUGCCAGGGGGUGGAAUGGUUGCUGGCAACGUAACACCAGGUUCGAACGUAGGUUCCUACAUGCCUCCGUUUUCGCAAUCUGAUGUGAGUCAUGCGCCUGCUACGGUUAGACAACCGGGUGGGGAGGGCGGCGUUGGAUUUUGCACCGAAUCUCAGUAUGCGGUGCGUACGCCUAACUAUUUGGAAUCUUCCCGUAUGUCGUUCGACAGAGAUGUUCGUCCCCCCGAACUUCAUAGCGCACCCGCAAAUUUGGGAUCAUAUGAUGGCUUCAAUGCUCCCUUUUCGACGCCUUUAUCCUUCAGCUAUGGUAGCGGAUUGGACAACACGGUCGCUGCUCCUACCCCUAUCUUCCCAAUGGCGUCGAAUGUUGACCAUGCGCCACCUUUUUGGCGUUCCAAGAUGCUGUCGUGGUAUGUAAAGGUGUUGCUGGAGUCUAAUAACCUGUUGGUUUUGUACAAGCAGAUUAAUCAAUGUGACACCAACAUGACUGACUCGGUGUUUCCGAAGCCGUCUCCUAAUUUCAUCGAUGCCAGCGUGUGCACCCUUGGGGCAUUCUACAAUCUGUGCGGGGGAUGGUUGAGGUUCGUCGAUUACUUCUUACAGGGGAUUCGUCGGGGAUGCACGCAAUCUCAAGUUGGCGGGCAUCCCUUCUUGCGGCGGCACAUAGAUCACAUCUUCUUCACAACUCGCAAUGGUUGGGAGGAGGUUAACGCCAGAGCUUCUGAGUUGAGCGCCUUGAUGGGAGUGAGGCCAACACUACCUAGACUGUCCACCUUGCCCUAUGUUGUGCACAAUGUGUCAUUUGAGGCUUCAACAGUUAUAUGGUUAUACCAUCUGUGCAAGGGUUUUGUUGAAAAUGGGGAUCUGGUCAUGAUAGUGAACCAGUGUUCUGCGUUACUUGACGCUGCGGGUUGCGCAAGGCUCUCCGCUAGGUCAAUGUAUCUGAAUCACUACGUCAUGCUUGAGCAAAACGAAAAUACGGAAGAAUUGCAUACAAAAACAAUAAGCUAUACCAACCCCGGUUAUCAGGGGAAUCAACCACAAUCCACUGAUCCGCCAUUCAACCCCUUCAAGGAACCUUGCCGAAACAUGGCGUUCCGGAACACAAACCUAAAACCUUUGUUCCGAUACAUAGACAAAACAAAGGACCAUUUGGAUGCUGCUUUCGGUGCGAAGACAAUAAAUGUCCUGCAAGGCAAGGGUCUUGAUGCCUGGAUUCGUUUGGGCACAUCUCUUAUUGUGGAGACGGUUUCCGGCCGCGCAAUGUGUGGUGACAUAGAUACGGAGUCACUAGGUGUGUCUUCAGAUGCGCAUUGUAUCUGUGAUUCGACUGUCACAUCCCCUAGUGACUAUUCGUCGUUUGAAGGGUUUGGGCUCAGCGAUGGCGUACAUGACGACACCUACGACUUACGCCUGAAGUUGCGGAAUUUGCACCUCAUCGAGAAUGUUAUUACCCGCCGUGUUAUAACCCGCAAUACUGCAGGCAAGGUACAUCAUACCGUAGCGUCUGAUGAGAAAACUGCUUGCGUUUUGUGUCACGUUUCCUUCAGCACUUUGUUGCGGGGUACUCUGUUACCUUGGCGUGAUGGAUACGUGCAUAGCGAAUGCCUACUGUGGUCGCUUGACAAUGCCUAUCUCCCCAGGACGUACAAUCAGCACUUCGACACCUUAUUCCUCAGUAGCUGCGUCCUAAAGAAUUAUCUAUUUGGGAUACAGCCGAAAGACAUUUACCGCAAUCUGCCUCAUCGCCGACUCCGCAACGGUUACAAUCCAUACAGAGACGGUUAUUCAGUGGGAAGGGAUGUGGAAUCUGAUUCGCUGUUGUUCAACUUCAAUCUCCACGAGUUGCACGUGCUGCCCCCGGUGACAUUGCCAGAUAAUCUGGUGAACAUCGUUGUGACGGCAGCUCGAUCUACAUCUUGCGCGUGGUGCCAUGACCUCGGUGCUACUGUGGGGUGCACUGGCCCUAAGUGCGAAAUUAAAUUCCAUGUGACAUGCGCCUUCCUUGCUGCGAACCCCCAAAUGACGAAACGCCUGCUUCAGCUCCGGCGCGAGAGUGGCCGAAGACAAGAUACGCCACGUGAAAUCUUCCCGGUUCGUAUAUACUACACGCGUCGUCUACUGUGGUGUGCUACGUGUUUCCAUGAGGGAGUUGCAAGCAAACUCGAUCCCACGGCUAUUGGAUACCUGAUCAAGUUGAACCCUACGCAGAUGAAGACCUUCUUGGCCUUGGAGGGUUUGUCUUCGAGUGCUACGUUGAUAAGCUGCCGUCAAGUCUUGCAAUGUGUGCGCAUAGUGCCACAAGUGAUUCAGCAUUGUGAUAUCGGCGAAUUCUUCGAUGGAAGUACCCAUGACUACCCAGUGUUACAAGCGGAGUUCAAUAGGCGUUUGGCAAUGAUGACCAAUGACGGAACAUUACCCUUUCUCCUGGAAUCAAUUAUGAAGCCCCAGCGAACUAUCCAAAGGUCACCGCUAGCCGAUGUUUUAUGCAAGAAGGGGGACAAUUCCUGCAAGUGUAACAAUGCGCGCCUGUGGUCACCCAAGCACUAUUUCUCGUUUACAUUCUGUGCUUCAUCGGUUUCCCCAUUCAACACACUGCGUAUACAGAGCAACGAGCGCCAGCCCGGUGUGGAUUUCACCACGAAUUACGGAGUACAGUACAAUCCCUACUUCACAGCAACAACGACAGAGUCGGGAAGUUACAACCUUCCUGGCGUGUUCAAGUACUCAGGUUCUACGUCCGCCUCUUUUAGAGAAGGUGAUAAGAGGGAUAAUAACUUUGAAGACGAUGCAACUGCAUUGCCCCCAAAUAAGCGUGUAAAGCCUGAUGAAUAUGACCAACCUAUGCCUAGCGCCGAAGGCCUGGGUGACGUCGCUGGUUUCGCUCAAAUGUCGGACGGUAUGCCAGAGCAGGGCAAUGACACGGAUGCUCGACAAAUAGUUUCUAUCGCGUGUGAUAUUGUCUGCGAACGGAUACCGCCAUCCACGUCACCACCUGGACCCACCCUAAAGUUGAGGCAUGAUCCCCUUGCUCGCCUGGCUUUCAUGCGCCGGUGGAAACUUCACAAAUUAAGGAAGACAGAAGCAUCUGUGGCUCGAGAUAAUUCGUACAUGUCCGGAUCAUUUAAUCGAUCUGAUCAUGCCGAAGCGAAGGUUCAACUUUUGAAUCGUGCUGCUACAUUCACGGUGCCCACAGUUGACAACAGUUCACCAGCGAUUGACGUAUUUCCCAUUGUGCCACAGAUGUACGAUGGAGGUAUGCCAGUGACAUCCGAUGUUCAAGUGCGUGAAAGGCAACUCUCUAAUGAUUUCGUGACUUCGAGUGAAACAGCUUCAGGUUCGGAUGUGGGUGUUGAGGAUGCAUUGGUAGACGCAUUUGAGUUAGAACCCGGCAUAAUAGAGGCAGAAUCAUUGUCGCAUUCUACCGACACAAAAGGAGCUGAAACAUCGGCGAAUAUUAUGUCGGAUACCGAGCCCCUAACAUCUGUGCAACAAUUGUCAAUUGGAAUGGCUCCUCCUGUGAUGGAGCCCGCCGAGCUGAGAGUCACGCCUACUGGACGUCUUAGUGAGCACAGUGUUGCGCGCUUUGGUUCCGUUACAAUACUUAGUGUGGGCGAUGGUUUAAUUUUCGACAAGGGUCAUAAGGCGUAUCCAGUUGGCUAUACUGCAACACGAAUCUUUUGGAAUUUUAAGCAGAACGCUCUCCGUGAUCCCAAAUCUCGCGCCUCUAGUGACGUGUGCAAUCCCAGCACUGCUGGUUUUGGUGCCCCAGAAGCUAGAAGCUGUUACCUUUGCACAGUGCGCGUCAGGGAAGGCAUGGCAUUCUUCGCCAUCGGAGUUUUGGUGGGCCAUCAGGAUAAGGAAGGUUGCAGAUGGAUUGCCCAGGGUUAUGAUCUGGAUGCGGUUUUUGCCUUGUUUCUUCAGGAAAUCAGCGUGUUCUAUGUUAGGCGUUUUUCAGGGGCAGACUUUUUCGGUUUGAAUUCGCACUACGUUGUUCAGGAGCUACGCGUACGUCUUUGCAAGACCAUCCUGGAGCGUAGUUCGUCUUUCUUCAACACGCGUGUCUUCCACACUGCGAUGGUUGGCCAAAGUUUUAGUAAGGGUGAAAACAAGUUGACACCAAUGCAUCGUUAUGGCGAUAGCGCGCCGCUGGAGGAAUCGACGGGAGACAUUGUACUUAUCGAUGAGAUUAUCUCUGUCAUCGACUUUACUGGCGAUCACCCCGUUCGUCUAGAUGCAUGCGAGCCACAGUUACUACGUGCGCGUCGUCGUCGCCAAUUCGGCCUCGCGAUCCCGCUAACACAACGCCGCUACAUCAGCAAUUUAUAUGCCGAGAAGCGACUCGAUGUUCGCAACUCGCCAAUUCACGGUUUCGGUUUGUUCGUGACAGACGAAGUUGCCGCCGGCGAACCCGUCGUAGAGCGUGAGGACGUGUACUCCAAUGAGCAGGGUGGUGACGGUUCGUGUUACAUGUUCCGUCUGGACGAUCAGCUAAUCGUGGACGCAACCCGCCGCGGUUCGAUGUCUCGUUUCAUCAACCACAGCUGCGAGCCAAACUGCUUCUGCCGCGUUGUGAUCUGCGAAAACAACUUGAAGCAUAUCGUGAUAUAUGCGAAGUUCGACUUGAAAGCUGGAGACGAGGUGACCUACGACUACCAGUUCGGCGUCGAGGAUGAGGCGCAGCGAUUGCGUUGCCAUUGCAAUUCGGCCAAUUGCAUGGGCCGCAUGAACUGA